AUGUCAUUUGGGUUGACAAACGCACCGGCAGUGUUCAUGGAUCUGAUGCAUCGAAUUUUCCGACCCUAUCUGGACAUGUUUGUAGUGGUAUUUAUUGAUGACAUUCCGGUUUACUCGAAUAGUAAGGAGGACCAUGAAGACCAUUUGAGGAAAGUGUUACAGUUGUUAAGGGAGCACCAGUUAUAUGCCAAACUUUCUAAGUGUGAGUUCUGGUUAGAGAAAGUUGCCUUCUUGGGGCAUGUGAUUUCUAAGGAAGGAGUCUCGCUUGACGCAGCUAAGGUGCAAGCUGUACAGGAGUGGCCAACCCCAAGGAAUGUGUUAGAGGUAAGGAGUUCCCUGGGAUUGGCCGGGUAUUAUCGGAGGUUUAUAAAGGACUAUUCGAAAAUAGCAAGACCGAUGACCAACUUGAUGAAAAAGGAAUGUAAGUUCAUUUGGUCUCCUGAGUGUGAGGAAGCAUUUCAAACCCUGAAAGAAAAAUUGACAACAGCUCCUGUGUUAGCAUUACCUGAUGAGAGUAAAGAGUAUGAGGUGUACAGCGAUGCGUCAAAGUUUGGGUUAGGAUGUGUUUUGAUGCAAGCUAGGAGAGUAAUUGCUUAUGCCUCAAGACAGCUUAAGACGUAUGAGCAGAAUUACCCAACGCAUGAAUUGGAACUUGCUGCCAUAGUGUUUUCCUUGAAGAUUUGGAGGCAUUACUUGUAUCGAGUGACUUGUAAAAUUUUCACUGACUUGUAA